ACAAAAGCGCGCGAACAAAGUAAAUAAAUAAGAAGGUAUAGCUGGGUUAUACUGACUGAGGAGUUUCAACAUGGCUCAAACAUGUACCACCGCCGCCGCCGCCGCUCGUCGAGUUUUGCGCGAUAUGCAGGAUAGCUAUGUCCUGGAGAGUGAUGAAGACUGCACCUUCUCUUCAGAUGAAAGUGGUGAGGACACCAAGGAAGAUGCCGCUGAAGAUGUGUAUGAUGAAGACUUAGAGAACAUUGCACCUGCAAGCAAAAAAGCACGGUAUCAGCACAGCCAGCAAUCGCUGUCCUGGAAGACGGAAAGUGAUGCUGAUGCUGCUCCACCAACACUGCGGUUUCUUCCUGCAAGGGAGCCCGGCGUGCAGCUGAGCAUGCGGGACAGUCAUAGUCCCGCGAGCCUCUUCAAGCUGUUCUUUACAGAGGAUGCUGUGAACACCAUCUGCCAGAACACCAACAAACAAGCUGCCAGGAACAAAGGCAAGGGAGCAAAGUACAAAUGGGUGGAUGUUGGAGCUGCUGAAUUUUACAGAUACAUUGGGCUGAUAUUCUACAUGGCCAUGAUGAAGCUGGAUCACAUAACUGACUACUGGCGGAGAGACAGCAUCUUUUCCGUCCUUUUCCCGUCGCAGGUGAUGUCAAGGGACAGAUAUCGUACAAUAUCUUGGAAUGUGCACAUGAGUGACCCAGAAGAGGACAGAGAGGAUGAUGCCAAGAAGGGAAGCUCUGAUCAUGACAGGCUGUUCCGGGUCAAGCCCCUCAUAUAUACCAUUCAGAAUGCAUGUAAGUCAUUCUAUCAUCCCCACAGAUGUCUUGCUGUGGGUGAACGUGUAGCACGUUGGAAAGGUGCCAAGGGUUUCAAGUUGUUUGUGCUCACAGACUCCAGCAAUGGUUACACUGUGGACUUUUCAGUGUACACUGGAAGGGACAAUGUCCCCACAGGCCAGGGACUUUCUUAUGACACUGUCAUGUCACUGAUCAACAGAAGGUUUUUGGGGUCUGGGUACCAUGUGUACAUGGACAAUUUCUAUACAAGUCCAAAGCUUUUCAAGGACUUGCUUGCUUGCAAGUUUGGUGCUUGUGGAACAUACAGAGAGUUCAGGAGGGGGUGUCCUCGCAGUGCUGUCAAUGACCUGACAGACAAGUCACCUAGAGGGACGUAUCGCUGGAUAAGGGAUGGUCGUCUUCUCUUUGUAAAGUGGAUGGACACACAACCGGUGUCUGUCUGCUCCACCAUCCAUACAGCCUACACUGGGGAUACACUACGGAAAAAAGUGAAAUCCAAACGGGGUGCCUGGACCACACAGGCCUUUCCGUGCCCCUCGCCAGUGAUGGAAUACAACAAGGUGCUGGGAGGUGUGGCUUUGUCGGAUCGGUUGAUCCAAUAUUAUGCAACACAGCACAAAACCUUAGAGUGGUACAGGAAACUCUUUCUUCACUUAUUAGAUAUUUCUGCAACCAACGCCUACAUUCUCCAUAAAGAACUCAUGCAACAGGACGGUUUAACUUACAAGGCUUUCAUGGAGGAGCUCAUUGCAGAGCUGUGUGGUGUGACACAGAAUACACCGAUGACCCCUGCAAACACAGCCAGUGGUGCUCAUGUGCCAGUUCUUGGGGCUGAGCUUAGCACUGACAUCAGGAUGAAGGCCACCGCUGGGCGUAAGACCUGUGUGUAUUGCAGGAUGCAUGGGAGAAAGCAAGCAAAAACCCCUUGGAAGUGCAGAGCAUGUGAUGUUUACCUUUGCCUUCAGCCAGACAGAAACUGUUUUGAAGCUUGGCAUUCUGAUGGGAACUGACAGUCUGUCGAAUUGGGUUAACUUUGAACUGCUUCCAAACUGUAGUUAUUACUAAAAUAAUAAAAUAUUCUUAAAGAAUACGGGGCAAGAUGAAUUAGCUUAACAUAACGGUACAUGCCAUGAAUUAGCAGGGCAUAAACUCUGACGAAUUAACCACCUUUCCUGGGCACCAACGAUCUCCAACAGCUACUUGUAUUUAAAAGGAGAUGGGAUUAUCUCUUCUGCAGCUGUGUUUUGAAAGUCCCUUGGCAUGUACAGCGUAGGCUGUCCUUACAAUGUUCCUGACAGGUGUACAUGUGCCAGAAGUGUUUAGUCAUACACUUGGAGGACAGGAUUUGCAUGUUGGAGGGGCACAUCAGAACCUUACUGGAGAUUUUAUUGACAAUGCUCAAUUGGGGCACGUGGCUGUAUUGGGUAUGGUUAUAGUCCCUCCUGCCACAACUGUCUCCAGUCCAGCACCUGCACCAGUAGCCAGCAUAUGCCGGCCAUGGGUCAUGGUCAGACAUGGUUCCAAGAGCUCUAAGCUAGGGGUGUGAAACCUGUUCCAUGGAGGGCUGGUGUGGGUUUUUGGGAUGACCUCUCAAUUGGCCAGUAGUAAAUGCCGGCACUGAGAAGCAGCUCAUUGGUGGACUUUGGCUUUAACGUUGUGAGCACAGUUUUCCUUCGACCAAGAAGGUCCGUUUUUUUUUUUUUCUUUUUCUGUAAUGUUAACUUUCCUAGGGGAGUUGGGCGGCCAGUUGACCUUCGACCUCCAGGGCUUUAUUUAUUUUCUGUGUGUACUUGGGAGUUUUUGGUUCUUCUGUCAUGUGGCUUUUGUUCUUUCAUUUUGUUUUCCCUCUCCCCUGUUUUUGUUAAUUAUUGUGUAGGUAUGAUGCAGGAAUGUAUUACAUCCAUAUAAAGCACCUUGGGCAACAGUUGUGAAAGCUGCUGUAUUAAAAUAAAUUGAACUGAAUUCAGAAAUGCUGAAUUCUAUUCAGCAUUUCUCCAUUUAGUAUAAUAAAUGCUUGUAUUGUC